GCGCUUCUCACCAUAGUCAGUGUCAAUUCGACGACGGUUCGCACUUCAGCUCGCGAUGCGGCUUUCUUGCAUUAUCUACACGGCGAUCACGCUUACCUUAUUCAACAAUGUAGUGUUGUAUGCGAGCGGCACGCCGGAAAGGACUCCUAUUUGGAAUCAUACUUGGACCGAUCGAUUGAAACAAGAUUUGUUUGUAAAAUAUGAUAAGUUUGCUCGACCGACGCAACAUUUCAACACGACGGUGGUCAACUUCGAUAUUACUAUUCUUUAUGCUGAUGUGGAUGACUUCAAGUCUACUGUCACUGUUAACGGAUGGGCUUCUCACGUGUGGACAGAUGAAAAACUCAAAUGGGAUCCUGCCAAAUACGGUAAUCUCCAACAUAUUCAUGUAGGGAACCACGAAGUAUGGCAACCGGAUGUUCUGCUAUAUCACAGUUUAUAUUUUUCGUCUAGCGGAACUGCGGGUACGGUUGAGCAUUAUGGUGAUACGGCCUGUAUCAUAUACCAUGAUGGUCGAGUUUUGUGGGUGCCGCCCGCGCAAUUUGUCGGGCUUUGCGAGCUAGAUCUUCGUCUAUGGCCCUUCGAUACACAGAUUUGUAAUAUGACGUUCGGUUCUUGGACGUAUCACGGCGAGCAAAUUGAUAUGCAAUUGGGCAAGUCUCAUAUGGAACGUAUGUACGUUAAAAAUGCGGCGUGGAAGUUAGUAGGUUUGAGCAAAAGUCGCGAAGCAGUUGUAUACGCUUGUUGUCCAGAUCCAUACAUUAAUCUGAAUUUUGAAAUGACCUUAAAGAGGAACUCGGCACUUUAUUGUAGCGUAUUGCUGAUGCCUGCUGCUGCUAUCGUUUUCCUGAUUCUGGUCACGUUUUGGCUGCCGCCUCAAAGUGAAAUAAAGAUCAGUGUUGCGGCCUGUACUGUAUUAAUUAUUGCAGUGUUUUUAGCCUACUUCGGCCUUAAAGUACCAUUAACUGCAAAUCCUCCGCUCAUAGUUUGCUUCUUUAGUGGUUGCCUCUGUUUAGUAACAAUUUCAUUAAUUUUAUCAAUACUGGUAAUUAACAUGUCUAAGAGGACAUACUGUAAACCACUUCCACGGAAUAUUAGACUGUGUUUAUUAAGUUGGCCGGGAAAACUAUUAGGUCUUUCCGACCUUAUAAAUGUAAUCGAAUCGCGACGGCCUAUGCCAGGACAAGAAUUGCGUGGUAAACUUACAGAGGAAUCCACUACCAAUUCGACGUCGAAUAUUUCGGACGAUGGAGAUCGACAGAAUAUCAUUUCGCCUACAAAAAAUACCACGCAAUUGGAAUGGAUUCUCGCGGGCACCGCCAUUGAUCGUAUUGCAUUUGCAUUGUUCUGCUUGAUUCUAGCAAUAAUGGCAAUAGUGUGUAUAAGUUAGUUAGAAUUAUGAAAGUUUUCUUACAAGUCGCUUUAAUACAUGUCGAUAAUCUAAUAUAUAAAAGGAACAUAUGAAUAAAUGGAAUAUAUAAAUAAAUAUGAAUUUUUU